AUGUAGAUGAGUUGAUUAUAUUCCUUGAAGUAAUAGCUCAUCACCAGCCAGGAUUUAAACUACUUUUUCAGCAUCAUUUCACCUGUGGACUCGUCUGAAUUUUGCCUUCUUGCCUUGGGGGGGAAAAAACUGGGAUAAGAGGAGGUUGUUUUUACAAGUUAGGAUCAUUUUCCCUCCUUUACAAGUUGAUGCAAAGGAUAAGGCUGUGAUUCCAUUGGAUUGCACCCUUAAAUCAAAACACGAGGAGAAGAAGAAGAAAGGUACAAUGGCUCUGAGUGGAAACUGUAGCCGUUAUUAUCCUCGAGAACAAGGGGCUGCAGUUCCCAACUCCUUCCCUGAGGUUGUGGAGCUGAAUGUCGGGGGUCAAGUUUAUUUCACUCGUCAUUCCACAUUAAUCAGCAUCCCUCAUUCCCUCUUGUGGAAAAUGUUUUCCCCAAAGAGAGACCCGGUUAAUGAUCUAGCCAAGGACUCCAAGGGAAGGUUCUUCAUUGACAGAGAUGGAUUCUUGUUCCGUUAUAUUCUGGACUAUCUCAGGGACAAGCAGGUGGUCCUGCCUGAUCACUUUCCAGAAAGGGGAAGACUGAAAAGGGAAGCUGAGUACUUCCAGCUCCCGGAUUUGGUCAAACUCCUGACCCCCGAUGAAAUCAAGCAGAGCCCAGACGAAUUUUGCCAUAGUGACUUUGAAGAUGCCUCCCAAGGAAGUGACACGAGGAUUUGCCCCCCUUCCUCUCUGCUCCCUGCUGACCGCAGGUGGGGCUUCAUUACUGUGGGCUACCGGGGCUCCUGCACCACGGGUAGGGAGAGCCAAGCAGAUGCCAAGUUUCGGAGAGUUCCCCGGAUUUUAGUCUGUGGAAGGAUUUCCUUAGCGAAGGAAGUCUUUGGAGAAACUUUGAAUGAGAGCAGAGACCCUGACAGAGCCCCAGAAAGAUACACCUCCAGAUUUUAUCUCAAAUUCAAACAUCUGGAAAGGGCUUUUGAUAUGUUGUCAGAGUGUGGAUUCCACAUGGUGGCCUGUAACUCGUCAGUGACAGCGUCUUUCAUCAACCAAUAUACAGAUGACAAGAUCUGGUCAAGCUACACUGAAUACGUCUUCUAUCUGGCAUCACAAAAGUUGGUGUCACCCAAGAAAGAAAAGGAGACUGGGAGACAUGACAAGGUUGGUGACAAAGAAGGGGAGAGUGGCACGUCUUGCAACGAUCUCUCCACCUCCAGCUGCGACAGCCAGUCUGAGGCCAGCUCUCCCCAGGAGACAGUCAUCUGUGGGCCAGUGACACGCCAGACCAACAUCCAGACUCUGGACCGUCCCAUCAAGAAGGGCCCAGUCCAGCUGAUCCAACAGUCAGAGAUGCGGCGGAAAAGCGAUCUGCUCCGGACUCUCACCUCGGGCUCCAGGGAGUCAAACAUGAGCAGCAAAAAAAAAGCUGUUAAGGAAAAGCUCUCAAUAGAGGAAGAGCUGGAGAGAUGUAUCCAGGAUUUCCUAAAGAUCAAAAUUCCAGAUCGAUUCCCAGAGAGAAAACAUCCUUGGCAAUCUGAACUUUUACGAAAGUAUCAUCUAUAGGGGAAGGCUUGGGGGG